AUGAAUAAUCCAGUCGAUAAUCAUAUUGGUGGUGGUGGUAGUCCCGACCAAGAACAAGAGGCUGAAAACCAAAUUAUUGAAGAGUUUAAAAAUCUCAAGAAUGACGAAGCUCACGAUCAUAUUCAGCAACGUAUAUUUGCUUUAAAACGUGGUGUAAACGUUGCAAAAUCAGCAACAGAUUUUUUAGGAUCUGAUGUUCGCGAGUCUUUGGUUCCUUUAAUGCAAAAUGUAUUACGUGGAACUAUUAAAUCAAUGAAUGAUGGUUGUAAAGAGUGUAAUAUUUUAGAUGUCAUGCCUGGUAGAGGUACUCAAGUGGACUGGUUUCUUUCACCAGAAUUAGAAGGAAAUUUGGGGAAGCGGAAUAAUAAUUUGUAUUGUAUAGAGACGAAUCAAGAAUUUAUAAAGUCAUAUAAACAUACAGUGGAAACCUGCAGUCAUUUAAAAUUGGUAAAAUCUUAUGAGAAAAAGGUUAAAGAUCUUUAUCAGAAACCCCUAGAUACGAAAGUUGAUUUUAUUAUGUGUAUGGAUCUAUGCUUUUUAACUGAUGAUAGCGGACAAAAUAUUAACCCACAGAAUGAUAUCAUUGAUUUCGUCAAAUUCCUUUAUGGUCAGUUGAAGCCUGGUGGUGCUAUAUUCAUUACCUACUUGGACCUCGAGAGCCCAUUUUCUAAGAUCAAUUUUGACUAUUUCGACAGCAUUAAAGCUACAGCACGUAAAGAUAACUUUUCAAAAAUUGCUAAAGCACGGGAUGAUUUAUUAUAUAAUGGAAAGAUUAUCAACGAGUUAAAAGAAGAUGAAAAAUCAUGCCCGAAAGUAGAAUCUCAUAAACUUUCUACAUUUUAUUAUGCUAAAACUUUGGCUGAAGUGGCUAUAAUGAGUUUGGAUGGCGGAUUUUUAAAGUAUAAUAAGAGCAAAUUUGAACUUGAUCAUUUAAAAAAUUUGAUCAAAACGGUUCAGGAUGAAGCUAGCAAAAAAAUGAGCAAGAACGAAAAGGGGCGUUUUGGAUUGUGUAAAGCCGAACGCGGUAGAGAUCCUUUAUGGAGAGUUGAGAGUUUACAAUAUGCUUGUAUUAUUC